AUGCCUGAACCAGCCAAACCCGCGCCCAAGAAGGGCUAUAAGAAGGCCGUCACCAAGACCGCCGUCAAGGGAGGAAAGAAGCGCAGAAAGUCCAGGAAGGAGAGUUACGCCAUCUACGUGUACAAAGUCCUCAAGCAGGUCCACCCCGACACCGGCAUCUCUUCCAAGGCGAUGGGCAUCAUGAACUCUUUCGUUAACGACAUCUUCGAGCGCAUCGCCGGUGAGUCGUCUCGUCUCGCGCACUACAACAAGCGCUCCACCAUCACGUCGAGAGAGAUCCAGACCGCCGUGCGUCUGCUGCUGCCCGGUGAACUCGCCAAACACGCCGUGUCCGAGGGCACCAAAGCCGUCACCAAGUACACCAGCUCCAAGUAA